AUGGUUGAUGUCGAGCUUAUUCAGUUAUGCGUACCCUAUGGUCCACUUUCUAACUAUAUGAUGCUCAAAGGAAAAAGUCAGGUUAGCGUUUCGGAAAAAUCUGAAUGUCGAUGCACAUUGUUUAUUUGUUUACUUGUUUACUUGCCGAUCUACUAUCUAAGGUGUGCAGAAAAGUCAAAAAUAGAGCAAUCAGAAAUGCCAUAUUAG